AUGGGGGAUAUGGACGGUACGAUCUCAAACGAGGAUUAUCUGACACUUAUUGAGCAAUUCAACGCCACCGAAGAUGCCACGACGUUAGGGUUUUGCCUCCCCGAACUGUUUGAAAAGGUUGCGGAGCGAUAUCCCAACAACAUUGCGGUGAUCUAUGGCGAUACUAAACUAGCCUACGGGACACUCAAUCGACUUGCAAAUCAGCUGGCCCGCAUCUUGGUGGAGGAGCGAGGGGUCGGCCGUGGGGAUGUGGUCGGUGUGGCCCUUGACCGGUCCAUUGACCUGAUUGUCGCAGUGUUGGCGGUGGUCAAGGCUGGGGCUGCGUACGUGCCGAUUGAUCCGGCCUUUCCUGCGGACAGGGUGACGCACAUGGUGAAUGAUGCCGGUCCGAAGCUUGUCGUUGUUAGUGAUAGCACCGUCACGGCACUGUCGCCGUGGCGGGAUAUCUGCCUCAGUAUUGACACGGUACGGGGCAACAUGAAGCAGGUUGACAGCAGCAACCUAACCACCCAAAAUGUGCGGCCAGAAAACCUCGCAUACGUCAUCUAUACAUCCGGGUCGACGGGACGCCCUAAGGGGGUGGAGGCGAACCAUGGAGCACUGUGCAAUCUCUUGCUCUCGAUGCAGAAGGAACCGGGAUGCGCCCCGGGGGAUCGACUGUUGGCAGUAGCUACCAUCUCCUUCGACAUGUCCAUCCUGGACCUACUCCUACCACUGGCGAGUGGUGCGGCAACGGUGAUCGCCCCGACAGAGGCUCUUCGAGACCCCGGAGCACUACUCAAGUUGAUGGAGCGCCAUUCGGUAACCAUGAUUCAGGCGACCCCUUCUUUUUGGCAGAUGCUGCUGGACGGUGGCUGGAAGGGUCAACCCCGGCUAGUCAAGAUCUUGACGGCCGGCGAACCCAUCUCGCGUCGACUACUCGACCGCUUGCUGGCCUACGGGGAUAUGGUGUGGAAUGGGUAUGGCCCAACCGAGGCCACCGUGUACGCAAGCGUGGGCAGGGUGAGCCAAGACGAACAAGACAUCGUCAUCGGACAUCCCAUCGCAAAUUUCCAGCUGUACGUUCUGAAUCCGAAGGAUCUGACACCCAUGCCGAUCAGUGGGCUGGGUGAGGUAUACAUCGGCGGUUGCGGCGUGAACUGCGGGUACCGCAACAAGCCGGGCAUGACCAAGGAACGAUUCCUUGACAACAAUCCUUUUCACCCUGGACGGUUAUACCGUACUGGCGAUCUGGCCCGGUUCCUCGCUCCAGGCAAGCUCAAGCUCGUAGGCCGUAUUGACAGCCAGGUUAAAGUUCGGGGAUACCGCAUCGAGCUUGAAGAUAUCUCAGCAGCCAUCACAGAGCAUGAGGAGGUCUCAGCGGCUGUGGUGGUCACUAGGGAUGACCAGCUUAUCGCGUACUUUAUGCGCAACAAUGGCAACCACCAGAAACCCCUAGACCACGUCUUACGGGCGUGGCUAGCCCAGCGCCGGCCGGCCUACAUGAUGCCCGCCUUCUUCGUCGAAAUGGAUACCUUUCCAAUGACACUGAAUGGGAAGAUCGACCGAAAGGCGCUCCCAGAUCCUACGAAGAGGGUUAGAGCCAGCACCGCACAACCCCAAACAGAGCUGGAGCGUCGCGUGCUGGCCGUUUGGUCGCAAGUCUUGGGCCAUACCGGCAUUGGGAUCAACGACAAUUUCUUCGACGUUGGGGGCAACUCCGUUCGUCUUCCACGUGUCAAGGCGGGGUUGGAAGAGCUCAUGGGCCGACCAGUGCAGAUGGCAAAGCUCUUCGAGUACUACACCAUCAAGUCUCUGGCGGCAUACCUCGAGCGUAGCCAAGAGGAGGGUCAUAUCACCACCAGCGCGAGGCCUCCAUUUGAUCCUACGCUGCGGGGAGAGGCACAGCAACAAAGCUCCAGCGACCAUCCUAGUUCUAGCUGGAACAAUGAACACAUCGCAAUCAUUUCAAUGGCAUGCCGGUUCCCCGGGGGCAUCACCAGCCCAGAGGAGUUCUGGGAGCUGCUUGAGACAGGCAACGAUGUGAUAACCGAGGUACCUCAGGACCGCUGGGAUGCCGAUGCGCUGUACGAUGCCGACCCAGCCGCGCCGGGCAAGUCACACUGCCGACGUGGGGGGUUCAUCCGGGACGGUGUGGGCUCUUUUGACGCCCCCUUCUUCGCCAUAUCCCCACGAGAAGCCCGCACACUAGAUCCGACGCAGAACGUGAUGCUGGAAACAUGCUGGGAAGGUUUGGAGCGAGGUGGGUACACCAUGGAACAGCUCCGCGGGAGCCUGACGGGUGUGUUCAUCGGCCAUAGCCAAGCGGCCGCUCACAGCGUCGGUCGAGACCUCGCUGAUUUGGAUGGAUAUGCAGUCACCGGCUCCAUCGGCGCCACUCUCUCGGGCCGGGCAUCAUAUGUCCUGGGACUGGAGGGACCAUCACUGACGGUGGACACGGCAUGCUCCUCCUCCCUAGUCAGUACGCACCUGGCUUGUACAUCAUUGCGACAGGGGGGAUGCGAUAUGGCAGUGGCAGGCGGGGUGACUCUGAUGCUUUCCCCAGGGCUCAUGGUAGAAUUCACCCGGUUAGGGGGCAUCUCGCCUGAUGGCUCCUGCCAUGCGUUCUCGGCAGACUCACAAGGUACCGGCUUUAGUGAAGGCUCCGCUGUUGUUGUGUUGAAGCGACUAUCCGAUGCUCAGCGUGACGGCGACACUAUUCAGGCCGUGUUACGCGGCAGCGCUAUCAAUCAUGGCGGACGCCGUGCUGCCAGCCUCACAACGCCGAGUGGCGCUGCCCAGGUGCAUCUCAUCCAAUCCGCCCUCGGAGCAUCCGGGCUGACACCGAGUGACAUUGACUACAUUGAAGCUCAUGGCACGGCCACCAAGCUGGGCGACCCCAUAGAAGGCACCGCGCUGGCGGAAGUAUUUUCCAAUCGGUCCCUGUCCCUAGAACCACUAUGGGUUGGGUCGGCGAAGUCAAAUCUUGGCCACACCCAGGCAUCCGCCGGCCUGGCGAGCUUGUUGAAGGUCGUGUUGGCCAUGCAACACCGCUUGAUUCCAAAGACCUUACAUGUCACGGAACCAACGCCAUUGGUGGACUGGCACAAAGCUAACAUGGCACUGGUGCUGGAGAAUCAGCCAUGGCCGUCUACCCACACGCGACGCGCGGGCGUGAGCUCUUUCGGCAUUGGCGGUACCAACGCACAUAUCAUCGUCGAGGAAGCACCGCCCUCACCAUCCACCGUCAGCGUACACAGCAAUGCUCGACCAUCACCAUCUAUGGUAUCUUUCGUAGUGUCGGGGCAAAACAAUGCAGCCCUGCACCAGCAAGUUAAGAAGCUUCACCGACACUUUCAAAAUGCUAUUCCUACGAAUGGCAGCGACUAUCUAGGGGACGUGGCUUACUCGCUGGCGGUCAAACGCACCCACUUCCGCCGACGAUUAGCAUUCAUUGCCAACGACAAGGCGGACCUGCUAAAAAAACUGGCCUCUUGCGCAGACGCUCAGAUGGGCGAGCUGCAGCCUCCUGCCGGCGUCAUCCACAGCACCAAGAUGGAAUACGCUGAUCGGGGAUUGCACCUAGCCAUGUUGUUUACCGGCCAAGGGAGUCAGCGGCUGGGUAUGGGCAAAAGACUCUAUCAGGUCUAUCCCACCUUUCGCAAGGCCCUGGAAGAAGUCGUGGCAUACUUCCCCAGCCUUGAAACCCCUCUCUUGGAAGUGAUGUGGGCCGAACACCAGAGCGAUGCCGCCAAAUUACUCGACCGCACCGACUAUGCGCAGCCCGCUAUAUUCUCCGUGGAGGUGGCACUA